AUGGUGACUGUUGCUGUUGUCCAGAUCCCUUGUCAUGACGAGAAUGUUCAUAGGAUGCGAUCUUCACUUCUUCAUCUUUCAUUCUCCCUCCGUUUCUUUAAACCUAAACCACCUCCACCGUCAACACCACCGUCGCCAUUGCACCUCCACCGUCACCACCACCACUACACCGUCACCACCACCAUUACAUCUCUACCAUCACCACCCACUAUUACAUCUCCACCGCCACCACCCACCAUUACACCUCCACUGUCACCACCCACAACUGCUGCACCUCCACCGUCACUACCACACCACCACCAUUACACUUUCACUGUCACCACAACACCCCCACCACCACCGCUGCACCUCCACCGGUCACCACCACACCACCUCCUUCAUCAACACCGCCGCACUUCAUCAACGCCGGAAUAA